UGGUGACGCUCUUUUAUAAUGCCUGACUCAUGGAUGCUAUGGCGUGUCUCCUAUCUGUGUCAGUGGAACUGGAGUAUUGGGUUAGAGCCGAGGGCUGUGUAUGCAUGAAUGUUUGUGUUUGUGUGGAUGUGUAUGAGGGAGAGAAGGAGAGAGAGAGUGGGUUAGAGAGAGAGAGUGAGGUCGAGAGAGAGAAGGAGAGAGAGGUAGAGAAAGAGAGGGAAAGAGAGAGCCGUGGUGAAAAGGGGAUAGAGAGAGGAAUCCAAGCUGACGGCUUCCCUAAUAGAGCAUGAGUAACUCAGCUAGAGAAGCAGGGAUUCGUUGGAUUACAGCAGCAUUUUCAGUUCGAUAUUUGGAUGUACAUGUUUAGGAUUUAGCUAUAAUGUCGACAGCAAAUUUGUUUCUGAAAGCAUGUUUAAUAAUGGACCAGCGAAUAAAAUUUAAAUGGUGGCUGAAUUAUUUAUUGUUUACCCUCCUUUUUGGUGUUUCUUUUGGAGAAGUCCGUUAUGUUCUUCCAGAGGAGAUGCAGCGGGGGUCGGUUAUCGGGAACGUUGCUCGGGAUCUGGGGCUGCGAGUGACGGAGCUUGCUGCUCGUCGCGCCCGGGUUGUUGCAGAGGGAACAAGCCAGCUGUGUGAACUGGACACUGCGUCAGGCAGUCUUUUGAUCAGCCAACGGAUAGACCGAGAGGAGCUUUGCGCGCAAGCAACUGUCUGCAUCUUACAGUAUCAGCUCUUACUUGAGGAUCCCCUUCAAGCAUACAGCUUAGUUUUGGAUAUUGCAGAUAUAAAUGACAACAGCCCAGUUUUUGCUGCAGGAGAGAUAAACCUAGAUUUAGUGGAAUCUACAGUUCUAGGGAGGCGCUUUCCGUUGGAGAGCGCGCAUGACCCCGAUUUGGGCAUCAACUCUGUCCGUGAAUAUAAACUGAGCCCGAAUGAUCAUUUUGCACUGGAAAUGAGUUCUCAAAUAAAUGGCAAUGCUUAUCCGGAGCUAGUCCUUAAAAAGGCCUUGGACCGGGAGGCACAGGCUGAACAUGUACUGAAAAUCAAUGGAAUUGACGGGGGAAAUCCGGUCAGAUCAGGAACUGCUUCUAUCCACAUCCGUGUUUUGGACGCCAAUGAUAAUGUCCCAGUUUUUAGCCAACGAGUUUACAAAGCUUCUGUACCAGAGAACUCGGCCGUGGGAACUGUCAUAGCAAAACUGAAUGCCACGGACUUAGAUGAAGGUGUUUAUGGAGAGAUAACGUACUCUUUCAGUCACCUGUCAGACAAGACUGGAGGAGUUAUUGAAAUGAACCCUCAGAGUGGAGAAGUACGGGUGACAGGGCUCAUUGACUAUGAAGAGGCUAGUACGCACGAGCUGGACGUUCAGGCUAAAGAUGGCGGCGGUCAGGCCUCUCACUGUAAACUUAUAAUUGAUGUAAUUGAUGUAAAUGAUAAUAAACCCGUGAUAGAAAUAAAAUCAGCCUCUGCUAACGUAGCUGAAGACUCUAAGCCAGGAACUAUGGUUGCUCUGAUUAACAUUUAUGACCUGGACACUGGAAGCAGUGGGCGUGUCACGUGCACAAUCUCAGACAAUGUUCAAUUUAAAUUUGUAUCAGAGGUGAAAAACUACUACAUGUUAGUUACUGACGGAUUAUUAGACAGAGAACUUCAACCAGAGUACAACAUCACAAUCACGGCCACUGAUGCGGGCUCUCCCUCACUCUCCAGCGUAAAAGUUCUAACAAUCAUGGUUAAUGAUAUAAAUGAUAAUCCCCCGACUUUUACACAGAGCGAGUACAAUGCCAACAUUUUGGAAAACCAACCAAUUGGCACGUUUGUGAUGAAAGUGAAAGCAGAGGACACUGACGAUGGAUCUAAUGCUAGAAUACUGUACCAAAUAUCAAAGGACUCAAAUUCUGAAGCGUCCUCUUUUCUCACCAUCAACUCAGAAACAGGGCAGCUCUUCACAUCACGUCGUUUUGAUUAUGAACAGUCAGUUCACUUCCAAAUUAAGGUGAUAGCUCGAGAUGGAGGCGACCCUCCACGCUCCACCACCUGUACCAUAAACGUUUUUAUUAAGGACCAAAAUGAUAAUACACCUGUUGUCCUAUAUCCUGUCCAAACCACCGGGUUCAUUGCUGAAGAUAUGGUGCCAGUAGAAGCACCUAGAGGGUACCUGGUCACUAAAGUGGUAGCUGUGGACGCAGACUCUGGCCAUAACGCCUGGCUUUCUUAUAGAAUAAUCAAAGCAACGCGACCUAAUCUGUUUACGGUAGGCCUGCACACAGGGGAAAUCAGAACAGCGCGAGCUUUCAUGGAGGACGAUGAACCGAAACAAACUGUUGUCGUUUUAGUAACGGAUAACGGGUCGGAAUCUCUCUCCGCCACUGCUACUGUCAGUAUAGUAAUUGGUGACGGUCUGCCUGUUUUAAACGAACUUUUUGAGUUCACUGAUGAAUCACAGGGCAACGAUAAUUUAACGCUCUAUUUGAUUAUCGCUCUCUCAACCGUUUCCUCCCUUUUCAUCAUUUUAAUCAGCGCAGUGUUUUAUUUUAAGCUCUGCCGGCGUGGUUAUGUUUACCGUUCGACCACCGCCAGUCUCCCCGUUUUCCCCACGACCUACUGCCCCCCCAGCUUUACAGAUUUCAGUCGUUGUGGGACCCUCCUGAAAGAUGACCGGUAUGAUUCCUUCCUGACCACUGGGUCGUGGAGAGGUGAUUUUCGCUUUGGCUCAAGCACAGACACUGACACACUGAAGAAAAGAAGUGCAGCCUAUCAAAAAAACACCUUAAGGCGCACUAGUACAGACAGAGCUAGUCUGAAGGUGAGGGCAGGUGCACCGCAUCCUUGCUUCGUGGUCAAGUGAGACUCGGCCAUAACAUAUUGUAAAUAUGUGGUGGAAUAAUAAUAAUAAUAAUAAUCCAUUUGCAAUGAAUUCAGUUAGGACCUUCUGACUGUCAAAUAUAUUAUGAUUCCACUCAUUUUCUCAUGGUUAUUUAGAAUUACAAGGAAAAUCCAAUACUGUUAUUGAGUUUAAAGCAUCAAGAUUUUUCAUGGAUAUG